UGUGUUGCAAGUGCCGUAAAACUCUUACUAAAUCAAACAGACAAGUUAUCGGUAGCUUUUUCUUGUCUCUCUCUCCCCAACCAGCACGACUUUGAAGUCUGGCGGUGGACGCAAUCAGAGCAGCCUGCCACAGAUCAAAGUCUGUCUGCCCACACAGGCCCUCAAAAUCCCUAUCGCCAAGCUGAGGGGCGGUCGCAAGUCCACCUCUUCGUCCUCAUCGUCCUCCUCCUCCUCCUCGUCUUCAUCUUCGUCGUCGUCGUCGUCCCACGUCAAAGGCAAGAUGAAGAACGUCCAUGUGGCCGGUGCGAUGAUGGACAGUUUCCCCGGCCACGGCAGCUCCUCCUCCUCCUCCUCCUCCUCCUCCUCCUCCAGUAGCCUGCCUCUUCCACGUGCCGGUUCCUCCUCCUCACACAGCGUGCUGGCUAAAGUCCUCGGUAUCCAGAUCAAGGGGGAGACCGAAAUGACGGUACGAAACGUCAUCUCCUCAUCGCAGUCUCACUCGCUUCCCCACUCGUAUUCACACUCGCAAUCUCAUUCACCAUCUCACCCACAAUCUCACACACAAUCUCACCCACAACAUCACUCACAAUCUCAUUCACAAUCCCAUACUCAAACUCACUCGCAAUCUUAUUCACAACCUCACGUGCAGCACCACCACCACUCGCUGCCUUUGAACGCGCCUCCCGUCAGUGGAGGAAAGAGCACACAUCAUCCUCCCACCUCCUGCCUCAACGUUCCCCGAACAAUCCUGGAGUCACAUACACACAGGAUCCUGCACUCUGCCAGCCCAGGAGUGCGACCCAUGCCCAUAGCAGCUUCUCACGCCCAGGAGAUUCGCUCAGUGAUCAGCGGCCCUAGCACUCCGCAAACAGCGGUAGUGAUCAGUCCCUUGCAAGUACACCGCCGCCCAGUGGUAUGUGGUGGUAGUGGUGGUAAAGGUGGUGGUGGUGGUAUAAGUAGUGAUGGUAAUGGUAGUAGCGACGGCAACGUGUGUACAACUCCGCAUACGCCCGACACCCCUGGUUCAACUAUCGGUGUGCGGAGAAAUAGUACGCCAAGCCCCACAAUCAGGACUUUGGCCGGUCCAUCCGUCACUGGUCAUUCCUCGACCCCCACCACGCCCGCCCCCUCUACCUCUGUGUCCGGCUGUACGAACACAGAGACCUCUAGUAACAACAGUGCUACAACACCGGCGUCUUCAUCUAACAGCAGUAGUGACGCAGAAAUGUUGAAAAGGAACCAGCUUCUCGACGGUUCAGCUUUGCCCGAUGCAAGUUCCUCCAACACCAGAUCGUCAGCCUCCAGCGUCCCCUGCGCUCCUGCAAUCUGUGCUGUUGGUUCUCCAGGACACCCGCAGGUCGCCACAUCUGUUGUUGGUUCUACCACAGGACACUUGCAGGUCGGCACAUCUGCUCUUGGUUCUACAGGACACCCGCAAGUCGGCAGUUGCUCCACUGGGAUCAACGUCGUCUCCUGUCUACCCGUAGCCGUUCUGUCUGACUCCUCUACUUCUUCUGAUCUACUCCACGGGGAUAAUGAACCCAGAACAUGUUCUGUAGGGGCGGCUAGUGCAGCGUCUGGAAUCAACAUCACAAACCCAGGAAAACGUCCACUGUCUUUGCCCGCUAGUUUUUCCUCGAGCAUGAUCAUCAACCCGACGUGGCCACACAGUGGUCCGGGUGUGCUGACGUCACGAGUCACGUCAUCUCCUGUACGCAGUGAUACAUCAAGUGACACGUCAUGUCUCGGUGUAUCUAGAGUAGACAACUCCACACCUGUCGUGUCCACCCUUUUGACUGGCCCGAUCAACAAGGCAGAACAUAAUGCAUGUAUUGAGAGGGCUGAGCCGAGGGAAGCCAACAAAGAUAUUACUGUCCAGGCAUCCAGGCUAGACGCUGCUGGACAUGUUAUUUCUGCCUUGUCCAUGUCUGCAGCUAGCGUGUGUGAUCAAAGUAGUGCAGUAUCCUGUACCAUCGACACUCAGGCAGAGGGAUGCGGCAGUGGUGAUGGUUCUGUGAGCUCCAAAGUCCCACCAGAGGGAUGCGGCAGUGAUGGUAGUGCUGUGAGCUCCAAAGUCCCACCAGAGAGAUGUGGCAGUGAUGGUAGUGCUGUGAGCUCUAACGUCCCACCAGAGGGGUGUGGCAGUGAUGGUAGUGCUGUGAUCUCUAACGUCCCACCAGAGGGGUGUGGCAGUGAUGGUAGUGCUAUGAGCUCCAAAGUCCCACCAGAGGGCUCCACCCUCACGUCAGAGGUGACUCCAAGCGAGCUGCUCUCUCAUGUCUCCCCCCAUGACAGUGACGUCCAGUUGCCUCAACCCUCAACAGCGUUCACAAAUCGGUCUCGCGCGUACCAAAGUGACAAUGGAAUACUGAGCCCCACGAGCGUGGUUAGGAAAAGAAACGACCAAGUCCCAUCGUUGUCAUGCACUGGCUACAGAGAUGACCCACUGACGACGGGACCCGCUGCAGAAAGUCUCACCAUAGAGUGUGGAUUCGAUGCUGAUGGCGCCAGAGUUAGUUCUCAAAGAACGGAUGUUGGACCUGUGGUAAACAACGAGCAGAAAGAUUGCCUACAGCAUGGAGGAGUAGGCCGCUCUCAUAGCGAGGACAAGACGAAUACCAGCGACGGUUCUGCUACUGCUGCUGCUGCUGCUGAUGCAACUGUCAGCCACGACCAUCUGCCUUCUCUAACUGAACAAAACUGCGUGACAACUGAGACAGUAGGUUGUAGUGACAGAGCCCCGGUUUUAGGGGAUGGAUUUAGUAACAGUAAGUCUAGAAGCAGUGGUCUUUUGUCUAGUUCUGGAGAUACUCGUCUUCAGAGUCCAUUUCAAACCGAAGACGAUGCUUUUUGCCUUCCCUCAGCUGAUGAAACUGAUUUGAACAAUUCAGCCGUUGAUGGGUCUAUGUCAACGCCCCCUGUUUUGACUGCCUGGGUAGACACAGACGUGCUGGACCCCACAGUCUCGGAGGCCGACAGCAGUUCCCGCGAAAGUCAGGACAAAGAGAAGACGUGUCACGAAGUCUCUCAAGGGCUGACCUCACAGUGUACUUCUCAAGUCACCACGACAACCAGCUGCCAGAACAGCUCUCGAAAAGAGAAGGGAACAGUGACUGACAAAACCACAAGUGUCUACUCUAAUCUGCCUUCUUCUUCUAAGAAGGACUUGAGCAAGUCCAGCCCAGUUGUCGUGACGUCAUCCACCGUGAUGGAGAGAAGGACACAGGCGGACAAAGGCGAGACAACGUCCACCUCCUCCUCCUCCUCGGGUGCUCACGGUAGUAGUCCGACCACAGUCACCACAAGAAGGCGGGCACAUUAUGUUCACGAGUACUUACCCACGUAA